CAGCAGUUUUCAUUCAGUGUAGAUGGUUGUCAGGACACCGACUCUCCUCCCAGAGUUCCCGGUCUGACCGAAACCCGCUGUGGACUUUACAGGCUGUUUUAACGGGACCCACACCCUCAGAGACGUCAGAUCAGGACCCGAACCGAACCGGAUCAGAGGCCCUCUCACUUUCAUUGACAACACCCCCACCUGGGAUAUCAUCUAACUUCACCACACCUGCUCCAGUUUGAGCAUGUCCGUGAAGAAAUCAACAAGCAAGACUGUAUACACCUUGAAGACUCGGCAGGGGUCCAGUUAAGCCCUGAAGCAUUCCUGGAGAGGACUCUGCUCAGUUCCGCCUGCAGCAGUCUGGGAUUUUCACAGGAACCUGCAGUGUUUACCCGUGGACAGGUGUGGCAGCCAGAUGGACCAGCACUGCCUGUACCUGCUGUAGGUCCCCGAGGGCCACACAACUGCCUGCAUGCGUAGGAGAUAAAGCCUGACCCAGACUCCAUGUUGGUCAUCAUGGCAGCUCUGGAUGUAAGCACGCCGGUUGAGAAGCUUCUGGCAGCAAUCCACCUAGAGAGGUACCUGGACAUCUGCCGCAGAGCCAGCCUCUUAUCAGCAAAGGACUUUACUGACCUGGAUCAUGAUGCCCUGGUCAGUCUGGGAAUAACUGCUACGGGACACAGGAAGAGAAUCAUAAGACUGAUCAGCCACAUCCAGAGGUCAGAGGGUCAGAAAGUCAGUCAGAAAGCAGAUCCCUCAUACGACUGUUGUCCCUCAGAGACAGAGCAAGGUCACAGCCCUGAAGCCCGAUCUGAGACCAGUUCUCAACUGUUGAUGAACUCUGACAGCAGCAGAGUCCCGCCAAAGCCCAUCCCCAAACCCAGAACUGUGUUCAACCGCCGCAGGACGGCCCCAGUCAACUUAUGUCCCACAGUGGAUUCAGCCGUACCGAUGUCCAGGAGGCUGUCCCAGGAGUCCAUCUGCUUCUCUGUGUUGGAGGGUUUAACCUCGGAGACAACACCUACUCCUAGUUCGGCCUCGGAUGCCACGCCUACCUCUGGUUUGAUUUCAGAGACCUCACUUGUCCAUCGUGACAGCUGGAGACCUAGGUGGACGGGGCAGACCCGGCCCAGCCGCAGCCUGUCUCUGUCAGAUGCUGGAGGAUCUGUACCUCCAGUUCCUCCGAGGUUGCACCGUGGUGCCAUACACUCUGUGACCCCACCCUCCUCUUCCUCUUCGUCUGUGAGGUCAGAAGAGAAACAACCUUUAACUUCUCCGUCUUCUAAAGCCAGCAGUCCGGACAAAACCAGGGUAUCUGAAUCCCCAGGUUCUCCUGGAGGAAGAGGUAUGGAGAUGGUAUCUAAUGAGAUCUACUGGGGCUCCUCCCCUAGCUCUGCUGCCUCCAGAAGAAGGAGAUGUUAUAGCAGCUCACAGACUGCUCCUCCCACUCCACUCAGAAACGCUCUGGAUCGGAACAGUGGAGGAUCUCUGAGUAACGACUCUUCUGGGUCAACCAGAGUGUCCACCGAGGACCCAGAGGAGGACAUCAGUCCAUAUUGUGAAGCUGUGUUUCAAACGAGGCAACAUUUACACUUCACUGAGGGGGAGAGAAGAUCAGAUGUUGGAGAAAUGAGGAUGGAAGAUGAGAGACAACCUGAGGAUUAUGGGAGUCACAAAUCUUCCUGGAAGAAGCGUUUGUCUCAGGCGAUACACUCCAGAGACUCUCAGGGGUACAGUACUCUGGGAGAAGCUCCGCCCCCACCACGCUGCCUCUCCCUGCCUCCCCACAUCUUCUCUUCAGAGGCUGAAGAUGACCUCACCAUCUCCCCAUAUGCCAGCUACACCUCCCUGAUGGAGAGAGCUCCACCUGUCAUCAGCGGCUGGCUGGACAAGCUGUCCCCACAGGGGGUUCAGAGGUCAGCGCUGACUGCUCUGCUGUGUCUUCUCCUCUUUGCUCCUCCUCUUCUUUCCUGCUGCCUGAUGAACUGCUUUGGCCUUGUCUCUUCUCUGUCCUCUUCUUCUCGGAACUAUGUUUUCCAGAAGCGCUUUGUGAAGUUUGAUGGGAAAAACCUGAUGUACUUCGGCAGUGACAAGGAUGUCUACCCUAAAGGAGUGAUCCCUCUGGCUGCCAUCCAGAUGGCUCGUCCAGCCAAAGACAACAAAUUUGAAAUAAUGACGAUUCAGCGGAUUUUUGUGUUUCGGGCUGAUAGUGAAGUGCUGAGGCAGCACUGGGUGUCCACUCUGCAGGAACAUGUCCGAGAUCAGCUGGUUUUUGGUCAGCGCCGCUUUGGACCUGGACCUCACUGUCAGAAACACGGAGCCCUCGAACUCAAAGGAACCAAAUCCAAAGUUUACACUGCCAUACUCACUGACCAGAUCUGGCUUUACAAGAGCGAACAGUGUUUCCGUAAUGGAAUUGGAAUCACGGUCAUUGAAGCUCGAGGAGCUACGAUCCGAGAUGGAAAAAACCGAAGCUUUGACCUCAUUACUCGGUUUAAAACAUUCAGUUUCUCAGCCGAGUCAGAUCGGGAUAAGCGGGAUUGGAUGGAGGCUCUACAGGAUGCGAUCGCAGAAACGUUGUCAGAUUACGAGGUGGCAGAGAAGAUCUGGUCCAACCGAUCCAACAAAAUAUGUGCUGACUGUAAGGCCCGGAACCCGGACUGGGCCUCCAUCAACCUGUGUGUGGUCAUCUGCAAGAACUGUGCAGGACAGCACAGAGGUCUGGGGACAAUGGUCUCCAAGGUUCAGAGUCUGAAACUUGACACCAGUGUGUGGAGCAACGAGAUCGUCCAGUUGUUCAUCAUGUUGGGAAACGACCGGGCCAAUGAUUUCUGGGCGGGCCAUCUGCCUGUGUCGGAGGAGCUGGACUGUGACGCCUCACCUGAACAGCGGAGGGAGUUCAUCACUCAGAAAUACAGAGAGGGCCGGUUCCGACUGGCCCACCCGGGUUUCAGCUGCCAGGAGGAGCUGCUGAAGGUUCUGUGUGCCGCCGUCUCUGAACAGACUCUUCUGAGAACGGUCACUCACAUUUUCUCAGAGGCAGAAUCAGCAAAUCGUAGCAGCCAAUCAGCUGGCUACCAGGAACACGCCGCACACAUGGAUCCCCUCAGCCUCUCAGAUCUCAGCGUGUACGAUGAGAUCAUGCAGCCUGUCCUUCACUCAGGAUUCCUCUACAAGUCCUCCUCCGUCAACAGAGGAACGUUGACCCGGAAAACCCGAGAAGAUUUUCAGAAGUUCUGGUGCUCCGUGGAUCAGUCCCUGCUCCUGUACGAGUCAGAUCGCUCGACUGAACCCUGCAUGCAGAUCAGUGUUAGAGACGUGGUGUGUCUGGGAGUCAGUCGACCAGAUUCAUCAAGCACCAACAACGGCUUCAUUGACAGGUUUCGAUACACCUUUGAGUUGUAUUUGACUUCAGAGAAAGUUCACCUGUUUGGGGUGGAGACAGCUGACGCUCUGCACAGCUGGACCAGAGCCAUCGGACAGGCUGCAACGCCACUCAGCUGUCACUGCUUGUUGACCCGGGAGUUUGAGCGAGUCGGACUCCUCCGGUAUCGAGCCAUGCUAAACCCUCAGCAGUGGAAGGAAGCUUACUUUGUUCUGCAGAAGUCCAACCUGUUCAUCUGCCCCCAGAAUGAUGGAGCAGCUGAGGACAUCAUCAACCUGAACCGACUGCAAGAGCUGAGUGUCACCUCAGAGAGUGAGAACCAUGAGAAGAAAGAUGUUCUAGUGUUGGUGGAGAAAGGAAGGACUCUCCACCUGCAGGGUGUUGGCAGGACAGAUUUUUCUCUGUGGUACUCAGACAUCCAGCGGGCAGCUGGUGGGAAGGGAAACACUCUGAGGGAGCAGCAGAUGAGCAGAAACGACAUUCCUAUCAUCGUGGAUAGCUGCAUCGCUUUCAUCACGCAGUACGGUCUCGGUCAUGAGGGGAUCUACAGGAAGAAUGGAGCUAAGUCCAGAAUCCGACUGCUGAUGGAGGAGUUUCGUAAAGAUGCUCGGAAUGUCAAACUACGGAUUGGAGACCACUUCAUUGAGGACGUGACUGAUGUUCUCAAACGAUUCUUCAGAGAGAUCGAUGACCCAAUUUUCAUGGCUGAGCUUCACCCGCUAUGGAGGGAGGCUGCUAAACUUCCUGACAAACGAGGACGGUUGGACCGCUACAAAAACAUUAUUGGGAGUCUCCCACGGGUGAACAGGACUACUCUGGCUGUUCUUGUCAGCCAUCUGUACAGGGUCCAGAAGUGUGCAGACCUGAACCAGAUGUGCACCAAGAACCUGUCACUGUUGUUUGCUCCCAGCCUGUUCCAGACAGAUGGGAAAGGGGAACACGAGGUGAAGAUUGUGGAGGAUCUGAUAGACAACUACCCUUAUGUUUUCGAGAUUGAUGAGGAGCAUCAGACGCAGAUUGAUUUGGAAGUCAGUCUGAUUACUAGCUGGAAGGACACACAGCUGUCUCAGGCUGGUGACAUCAUCAUUGAAGUCUACCUGGAGAUGAAGAUCCCAGAUUGCUGCAUCACCCUGAAGGUGUCUCCCACUAUGUGUGCCGAGGAGCUAACAAAUCAGGUUUUGUACAUGAGGAACGUCCCAGAUGGAGAAAAAAAUGCCUGGAUGACAUUUGAAGCCAUUGAAGAUGGACAGCUAGAGCGUCCUCUACACCCCAAAGAAAAGGUCUUGGAGCAGGCCCUGAUGUGGUGCACGAUGGCCGACCCAAGCUCUGCCUACCUGGUGGUGAAGAAGGUUCCCAAAGGAGAAGGCAUCAACAUACUUACCUCCUACAAAAGUGAGGUCAUGAAGAUCGGUCUGUUGAGGUGUCGCGAGGAGCCUCCUAAACUUCUUCAGGGAACCAGGUUUCAGGAGAGAACCUUCCAGAUCCGCGACCAUAAACUGCUGCUGCUUAAAGACAAGAAGAGCAUCAAACCAGAGAAGGAGUGGUCUCUGAAGUCUAUGAAGAUCUACAUCGGCAUUCGCAGGAAGCUGAAAGCUCCAAGCAGGUGGGGCUUUACAGUGAUGUCAGACAAACACCAGCUUUUCUUGUGCUGCAGUUCUGAAGCUGAGAUGUGGGACUGGGUCACUAGCUUUCUGAAGGCUCAGAACGAUGACCCGGGUCCUCCGGUGCUGCGCCGCCAUUCCUCCUCGGACAUCUCCAAGCAGAAGUUUGGGACGAUGCCACUUGUCCCCAUCAGAGGAGAUGAGAGGAACAGUAGCAUGCUGUCGGCAAAUCAGACGCUGAGAAAACUACAUGACAGGAGGUCUCACUCCUUGUACUUUCCAAUGAAGAUGCAGCACGAUUCAUUUGAGGAGCGGUGGGAGCCUUCGGACCUCCCUGAGCCGUUAUAUGAGGAGGUUGGAGACUUUGGCCUGCAGGUUUUAAAAUCCUUGGAGACCAGCUUCCGAUCCAGCAGAACCACAGAAACUCUAGAGUUCCCAGACCAGCCACCGCUCAGGGUGGUCCACUCAGAAAAAGGACAUCUGGACAACAAGAUGGUCCUAGAGGAGGUUGAAAAUCCCAGUGGCUCUGCAGAAAUGCAGGAGCAUAAGAGCAAGACAGAAGAAUGUGAAGAAGAUGCAGGGAGGAGGUGGCAGGAGCCACAGGGAGUCUGCACACAUUCACAGGAACUGCUUCUGCAGGAGCUAUCAUCAGCCUUCACCAAGAAGGACCGAGACCAGCAGGAGGACCAAGAGGAGAAGCCAUAUGACGUCUAAGAAACCUCUUCAAGCUCAAACAGAACCAGCAGAAACUCCAGGAGCUUUUAGUGGCCGAUCCAGAUGUUCUGUCUAGUUCUGUUAAAGGGGACAAAUAAUCUAAACCAACAUUUUCUUGUUGUUGGUGAGUAAAGACAGCUUGGGUGGUCAAAAGUAGCAUGCCAAAAAGUCUAAGUCAUGUGUGACCUACUUUUUAUGUAAAUUAGAAAGUUUAAAGAUACCAGAGAAAAACUUAUUUCCUGAGAAACCUCUCAUAAAAACGUCACAAUGUGGAGCCCUUCCUCCUCCAAUCUGCAGUCUCCAGUGUCUGCGGCCUUCUGGUUUAAGCCAACCAAUCAGCAAGUGGGAGGGGUAAACAGCUCUUUUCACAGCAAGGCUGAUUUAAGGGGUUAGUGGCCUGUAUCAGGGCUCCUGGGACAGAUGAAAGCCAAAAGAACAUUCUUAUGCUUCUUAGAGAUUCAAAGCAGUGUUUUAGAUAGCUGAUUAACUGCAUUCUUUGUCCCGUUUAACAGAGAUUCGUUCCUGAGAUUCAGAUGGUCAGAGGGGAAACUUGAGUCAGAAUACCAAAAAAACAAAAUUGUUAAUGGAGUCAGGAAGAACUGGGUCAGAUCCAGAAUGUGAUUGGUCUUGGCUUACAGGUGGGAGAAUGAUGUCAUCGUGUGACAGGAAGCUGAUCCUGUCUGGUCAUAUGCAUCAGCAACGCAGGGGUUAACACCGACAUCAGAGGAUCUUCAACAUCUGUCCCAUCAGAACCUGAAUGUUCUGAUACAAGUUGAUGAUCUCUAUGUAAAAAUAAUUGUAACUUUGCACAGAUGUGAUUACAGAUGUUCCUGAUGUGGCAACAUAAAUACACAACUUCUUAAAAAAUGAUAAGAACCUUGUUCUAUGUAAUAAAAUCCAGAUGUUGCCACCAAA